UUUUUAGUUUACAACUUAAUGUUUAUUGUGAUUGCUAUUAAUAUCAGUUAAUAUUUGUAUUUUGAACAGGCCAGGGUCGAGUCAAUCAAUUGGGUGGUGUAUUCAUAAAUGGACGGCCUCUUCCAAAUCAUAUCAGACUUAAAAUUGUUGAAAUGGCAGCUGCUGGGAUAAGGCCUUGUGUUAUUAGUCGCCAGUUGCGUGUGUCUCACGGAUGUGUCUCCAAAAUUCUUAAUCGAUAUCAGGAAACAGGUAGCAUAAGACCGGGAGUAAUUGGAGGAAGUAAACCUCGAGUUGCAACUCCAGAAGUAGAAAAGAAAAUCGAAGAAUACAAGAGAGAUAAUCCUGGAAUAUUCAGUUGGGAAAUUCGCGAUCGAUUGAUAAAGGACAAUAUAUGUGACAAAAACACAGCACCGAGUGUUAGUUCUAUAAGUAGAGUUUUGCGAUCGACAAGCAGAAGCUGCCAGAGAACUGGAAACUAUGAAACUAACGAAAAUAAAAAAGCUGAUCAUAGCAUCGAUGGCAUUCUAGGAGGAAGAAUUAGUUCUGAAGAUUCUGAUUGUGAUUCCGAACCCGGUUUGACCUUGAAAAGAAAACAGAGAAGAUCUCGAACUACGUUCACGGCCGAACAACUGGAUCAAUUAGAAAGGGCUUUCGAGAGGACUCAAUAUCCUGACGUGUAUACACGCGAAGAACUAGCUCAGAAAACUAAAUUAACCGAAGCAAGAGUACAGGUUUGGUUCAGCAAUCGCAGGGCUCGUUGGAGGAAACAAAUCGGUAGUCCCGCUGCGAGUAGUCUGCCACUGAGUAUGGCCUAUUCGGGUACAACGGCAAGCCACCUAGUUGCCGAGUCCACACCUCUUCAUCAUCAUGAGCCGAAUAGCUAUAUUUGGAGUCAUCAGAACUUAAAUAGUCAAGCCGCAGCUUUUCAUCAAUCGCCCAUGACUCAAAAUGCUCAUACCAAUAUCGCUUCCGAUUCUUCCACAUUGACGACUCAGGUGUUUAAUAUUUUGGGAGGACCGGCUACUGCUACAGCCACGCCUGCCCCUACCGAUUUUUUACCUCAUAUCCCUCUCAUCAAUCCGGGUAAUGAAUGUAGCUGGAAUGGAAGAUCGGCUGUGGGAGAAACACCUUCUAUGUCUGCUUGGACUUCAUUUCCCACUAGUUCGACAGAAAAUUUUGGGUAG